GAUUAAUGUGACAGAAUCAGGUGGAUCAACAGCCAUCCCACUGCCCCUUUGUUGGGGGCUGCUGAGAGUGGGGAAGCAUGGAGGACAGCAAGAACGAGACAAUGAAUCGCGCUCAUGUCCUCUUUGACCGGUUUGUGCAGGCCACCACCUGCAAGGGGACCCUCAAGGCCUUCCAAGAGCUCUGUGACCACCUAGAACUGAAGCCUAAGGACUACCGCUCCUUUUAUCACAAGCUCAAGUCCAAGCUUAACUACUGGAAAGCCAAAGCGCUGUGGGCAAAGUUGGACAAGCGGGGUAGCCACAAAGACUACAAAAAGGGAAAAGCAUGUACUAACACCAAGUGUCUCAUCAUUGGAGCUGGCCCCUGUGGUCUCCGUACAGCCAUUGACUUAUCCUUAUUGGGAGCUAAGGUGGUCGUUAUUGAGAAACGAGAUGCCUUCUCCCGCAACAAUGUCUUGCAUCUCUGGCCAUUCACCAUACAUGAUCUGCGAGGUCUGGGUGCCAAGAAGUUCUAUGGCAAGUUCUGUGCUGGAGCUAUUGACCAUAUCAGUAUCCGUCAGCUUCAACUAAUACUUUUGAAAGUAGCCCUGAUCCUAGGCAUUGAGAUCCAUGUCAAUGUGGAAUUCCAAGGUCUUGUACAGCCUCCUGAGGACCAAGAAAAUGAACGGAUAGGUUGGCGGGCACUGGUCCACCCCAAAACCCAUCCUGUAUCAGAAUAUGAAUUUGAAGUGAUCAUCGGAGGGGAUGGCCGUAGGAACACCUUGGAAGGAUUUCGCCGGAAAGAAUUUCGUGGCAAGCUGGCCAUUGCCAUUACAGCAAAUUUUAUUAACCGAAAUACAACAGCAGAAGCCAAAGUGGAAGAGAUCAGUGGUGUGGCUUUUAUAUUCAACCAAAAAUUUUUCCAGGAACUGAGGGAAGCCACAGGUAUUGACUUGGAGAAUAUUGUCUACUACAAAGACGACACACACUAUUUUGUUAUGACAGCCAAAAAGCAGAGUUUGCUAGACAAAGGGGUGAUACUGCACGACUAUGCCGACACAGAGCUCUUGCUUUCCCGGGAGAAUGUGGACCGAGAGGCUCUGCUGAACUAUGCCAGGGAGGCGGCAGACUUCUCCACUCAGCAGCAGCUGCCAUCUCUGGAUUUUGCCAUCAAUCACUAUGGGCAGCCUGAUGUGGCCAUGUUCGACUUCACUUGUAUGUACGCCUCCGAGAAUGCUGCCUUGGUGCGAGAGCAGAAUGGACACCAGUUGUUAGUGGCCCUGGUUGGGGACAGCCUCCUAGAGCCUUUUUGGCCAAUGGGAACAGGAAUAGCUCGAGGAUUUCUAGCUGCUAUGGACUCAGCCUGGAUGGUACGAAGUUGGUCUCUAGGAACAAGCCCCUUGGAGGUCCUGGCCGAGAGGGAAAGCAUUUAUAGGUUGCUGCCUCAGACCACCCCUGAGAAUGUGAGUAAAAACUUCAGCCAAUACAGUAUCGACCCUGUCACCAGAUAUCCCAAUAUUAACAUCAACUUCCUCCGCCCGAGCCAGGUGCGCCAUUUAUAUGAUACUGGGGAAACAAAAGAUAUUCGUCUGGAAAUGGAGAACCUGGUGAAUUCCCGAACUACCCCAAAGUUGACUCGCAAUGAGUCUGUAGCUCGUUCAAGCAAACUGCUGGGUUGGUGCCAAAGGCAGACAGAUGGCUAUGCAGGGGUAAAUGUGACAGAUCUCACUAUGUCUUGGAAAAGUGGACUGGCCUUAUGUGCGAUCAUCCAUAGAUACCGCCCUGAUCUGAUAGAUUUUGAUUCUUUGGAUGAGCAAAAUGUGGAGAAGAAUAACCAGCUGGCCUUUGAUAUUGCCGAGAAGGAGCUGGGCAUUUCUCCCAUCAUGACAGGCAAAGAAAUGGCCUCGGUGGGGGAGCCUGACAAGCUUUCUAUGGUGAUGUACCUGACUCAGUUCUAUGAGAUGUUCAAGGACUCACUCCCCUCCAGUGAGGCCCUGGACCUGAAUGCUGAGGAGAAAGCAGUUCUUAUAGCCAGCACCAAAUCCCCCAUCUCCUUCCUCAGCAAACUUGGACAGACCAUCUCUCGGAAGCGUUCUCCCAAGGAUAAAAAGGAAAAGGACUUGGAUGGUGCUGGAAAGAGGAGAAAGACCAGUCAGUCGGAAGAGGAGGACGUGCCCCGGGGCUACAGAGGAGGAAGGCCCACACUGGUGAGCACUCUGACAGACAGGAGGAUGGAUGUGGCCCUUGGCAAUCAGAACAAAGUGAAGUACAUGGCGACCCAGCUGCUGGCCAAAUUUGAAGAGAAUGCACCACCACAGUCCACUGGCAUGAGGAGACAGGGCUCAAUAAAGAAGGAGUUCCCGCAGAACUUGGGAGGCAGCGACACGUGCUAUUUCUGCCGGAAGCGGGUCUAUGUGAUGGAAAGGCUGAGUGCUGAGGGCAAGUUCUUCCAUCGGAGCUGCUUCAAAUGCGAGUACUGUGCCACCACCCUGCGCCUCUCGGCCUACGCCUAUGACAUUGAGGACGGUAAAUUCUACUGCAAACCACACUACUGUUAUCGACUCUCCGGCUCCGCACAGAGGAAGAGACCAGCAGUGGCUCCUCUCUCUGGAAAGGAGGCCAGAGAAGCCCUGCAGGAUGGCCCGACUGUGGACGCAAAUGGACGGGCCAGUGCCAUGGCCAGCCCUGCUGAGAGAACCCCAGGUUCAAGCGUGAAUGGUCUCGAAGAGCCUAGCAUUGCCAAGCGACUCAGGGGCACUCCUGAACGGAUCGAGCUGGAGAACUACCGCCUGUCUGUGAAACAGGCCGAGGAGCUAGAGGAGGUGCCUGAGGAGACGCAGGCUGAGCACAACCUGAGCAGUGUGCUGGACAAAGGCGCAGAGGAGGAUGUGGCCAGCAGCAGUUCUGAGUCCGAGAUGGAGGAAGAGGAGGAAGAGGAGCCUCCUCUGCCCACCUCAGACCUGGGUGGCGUUCCUUGGAAGGAGGCUGUGAGGAUCCAUGCUCUUCUGAAAGGAAAGAGUGAAGAGGAACUAGAGGCCUCAAAGAGCUACGGGCCUGGGAACGAAGAGGAGGAGGAGGAGGAAUAUGAAGAGGAGGAGGAGGAGGAGGAAGAAUAUGAGGAGGAGGAGGAAGAGUCUAGUGAAGUCGGGAGCCAGAGGCUACAGCAGAUCCUAAAUCCGGCCAACCCCUUGGAGAUCCAGGCUGAUGUGCACUGGACACAUAUUCGCGAGAAAGAGGAGGAGGAGCGAAUGGUACCAACCUCUGAGUCCUCCACUUCUAGAGUCCCAUUUGAUGAGAAUGACGUGGAGGAAGAUGUGGACUCGGAGCCGGCAGAGAUAGAAGGGGAGGCAGCGGAGAAUGGGGACACAGGGGACACUGGUGCUGAGCUGGAUGAUGAUCAGCACUGGUCUGAUGAUAUCCCAUCGGAAGCCGAAACGGAGCUUCCCAUGCGGCAACAGGCAGUGGUGGAAGCGGAGCUGGAGCUGAGGGCAUCAGAAAGCGAGGAGGAGCAACCCGUCACCACACCAGGGCACCAGGAGAGAAGUCCCGCCCAAGUCCCCAGCCCUGCCCCGUCCCCUGAGGAGCAAGCCGGUCUGCUCUCCCCAGGCCACAGCCCUGUGGCAGAGGGGGCCCAAAUCCCACCUGUCUCUGUUGCUACCAAAGUGAAAUUGCCCGAGGAGAGCCUUUUCCCUGAACCUUUGCUCCCCAAAAUGAAGCCCAAAGCAGAAGUGCCCACUGACCAGAGAGCUGUGCGGUCUCCUAUCCGAUUGCAGCCAGUGGCUCUGCCGGAAGCCAGGACACCUACCUCCCCAGUUAGUUCACAGCACCUGUCACCGUUGGCCACCUCCACCCCCACCUCCACCCCCACCACCACCCAGCUCCCCAUUUGCUCCCAGCCUCAGCCUUCCUCUGAGGCCACUGUCCCAUCCCCCACCAAGUCCCCCAUAUGCUUCCAGCCUGUUCCAGCCAAAACAUCCAUCCCCAUGGUUCCCCUCCCCUUGAAGAACCAAAGAGAUGCCAAGGAUAGACUGGGUAGCCCUCUCGCUGUGGAUGAGGCCCUGAAACGGAACGAUCUGGUGGCAGAGUUCUGGAUGAAGAGCGCCGAGAUCCGCCGCAGCCUCGGGCUCACACCUGUGGAUCGGAGCAAGGUGUCCGAGUCCAGCUUCCCAUCGCCUGCCUUUAAACCAGUGUCCCUAAAAUCCUAUUCAGUUGAGAAGUCUCAGGGUGAGGGGCUCCAGCUUCUAAAACCUCCACCUGUUCCUAAGAGGCUAGGCCUGCCAAAGUCAGAUGGUGACCAGCCCUCCCUGCCAACCCCCAAGUCCCCAUCUGACAGAGAGCUGAAAAGCUCCCAUGAGGAGAGAAGAGAUCUAUCGAGCAGCUCUGGGCUGGGCCUUCAUGGGAGCUCCUCCAACAUGAAAACCUUGGGCAGCCAGAGCUUCAACACCUCAGACUCCACCAUGCUCACUCCACCUUCAAGCCCACCCCCACCCCCACCCCAGGAUGAGGAGCCCGCAACUCUUCGAAGGAAGCCAUAUCAGACUUAUGAGCAUAAGGAGACCAAGCCCAAGGCCUCGGUGAUCCCACCCCCACCACCUGCCUCCUUUAUGCGGGCUCCCCGAGAGCCUGCCCAGUCCCCUCGAGAGGAGGUGCGGAAGUCGUUUGUGGAGAGUGUGGACGAGAUCCCCUUUGCCGAUGACGUGGAGGAUACCUAUGAUGACAAGACAGAGGACUCGAGUCUACAGGAGAAGUUCUUCACACCCCCCUCCUACUGGCCCCGCAUAGAGAGGCCCCUCCACACACCCCUACCCAAGGAGAAUGGUAGGUUGCCUACUCUGGAGAGUGGGGUCCAACCACAGAAGAGGGGCCUGCCUGUGGUCUCUCCAGAAGCCAAGGAGCUGGCUGAGGAGCGCAUGCGAGCCAGGGAGAAGUCUGUGAAGAGCCAGGCGUUGAGAGACGCUAUGGCCAAGCAGCUGAGUAGGAUGAAGGAGAUGGAGAUGGCAGCUGGGACCUCCAGGCCCCCAGGAGGCACCUCCCGCAAAGCCUCCUCAGUUCUUUCCAAGGGCAAAGACCUCGGCCCCGAGUCCCCUAAACGCCUGGUUCUUAAAGGCCCCAGGGAGCCUACCCUGAAGCACGAAGCCACUAGUGAGGAGGUCCUCUCCCCUCCAUCGGACUCAGGGGGCCCCGAUGGUUCAGUUACCUCAUCCGAGGGCUCCAGUGGGAAGAGCAAGAAGAGAUCGUCACUCUUCUCCCCCCGCAGAAACAAGAAAGAGAAGAAGUCCAAAGGUGAGGGCCGGCCCCCAGAGAAGCCCAGCCCAAAUCUCCUGGAGGAAGCCGCUGCCAAGCCCAAGUCCUUGUGGAAGUCCGUCUUUUCUGGGUACAAGAAGGACAAGAAGAAGAAGGGCGAUGACAAGUCCUGUUCCAGCACCCCUUCCAGCGGUGCUACUGUGGACUCGGGCAAGCACAGGAUGUCUCCCAUUGUGAGAGCAGAGCUGCAGCUGCGGCGCCAGUUGAGCUUCUCGGAGGACUCGGACCUCUCCAGUGACGACAUCCUUGAGAGGUCUUCCCAGAAGUCCAGGCGAGAGCCAAGAACUUACACGGAGGAGGAACUGAAUGCCAAGCUGACCCGGCGUGUGCAGAAGGCAGCUCGGAGACAGGCCAAGCAAGAGGAACUGAAACGGCUACACCGAGCCCAGAUUAUCCAGCGGCAGCUGGAGCAGGUGGAAGAGAAGCAGAGGCAACUGGAGGAACGAGGGGUUGCCGUGGAGAAGGCACUCCGUGGUGAAGCAGGCAUGGGCAAGAAAGAUGACCCCAAGCUGAUGCAGGAGUGGUUCAAGUUGGUGCAAGAGAAAAAUGCCAUGGUGCGCUACGAGUCGGAGCUGAUGAUUUUUGCCCGGGAGCUGGAACUGGAAGACCGGCAGAGCCGACUACAGCAGGAACUUCGGGAGCGGAUGGCGGUGGAAGAUCACCUGAAAACUGAGGAGGAGUUGUCAGAGGAGAAGAAGAUCUUGAACGAGAUGCUGGAGGUGGUGGAGCAGAGAGACGCCCUCGUGGCCCUGCUCGAGGAGCAGCGACUCCGGGAAAAAGAAGAAGACAAGGACCUGGAGGCUGUCAUGCUAUCCAAGGGCUUCAGCCUGAACUGGUCCUGAGCUCUACCUGUGCUCCGGCUGGCUGGUCUGUGGCAUCCACCUGACCCAGGCUGGGUUCUCCCAAACCACCCGGAUGAAAGAUCUCAGAAGGCCCGGCACCUCCUGGGAGUUGACACGCAAAUGUCUAUGUGCCUCUUGAAAAGUGGGUCAAGUGUCUGUGCUCUGGGAAACCCCAGGUGAAGAUGAUUAUCUGAGGUGGCUCAGCCUCCUUGGAAGAGGCCCACCCUGACUUCCUGCUCCAGAGAGAGAGGAAUACGGAGCAUUUGACAUGUGAUAUGGGAAAAAAGAAAACCCGCUCGCUCCCCAGGGACACGCGGUGGCUGGAGCUCCUCCUUUCACAAGAGGAGACAAGAGAAGGAAGCUGCCCCCUCUCCGUCCAAACCACAACCACCAGAGUGCACCUUCACGGAGCGGAAGGGGCAGCGAUCUUCUUCAUGCUUCCUGAAGCACCACCAAAGAAACUAAGAAGACACCCCGGGGGGGCAAGAUGUGACUCAAGCCCCAGGAGAGGGGUAGUGGCCAGCAGGUCAGUGCCUGCC